CCGGAACCAUUUGAUACCUUUAUCCGCACGUGAGAUUAUUAGCUAUUAGCUGCAUGUGAAGGCAAAUAUCAGCGAAUAAUCCAUUAGGCUGCUAGAGGCUUUUAUCAUCGCUGGGGAAACUUGGUCAUUAUCUGCCUGGCGCCUACAAUACAGACGCAUGAUAUCCCUCAACAUCAAAACCAUCACCCCACGAACUCCCUUGAACGAGGAAUACACCUUCUACAGAAACCUAGGAUUAUAAGACGUUGCAAUCAUGGCUCCCUCCGAUUUAAAUAUGCUGCUCGAGAUGGGCUUCGACAAGGACCGAGUCGAGAUCGCAGUCAAGGAAACCAGAAGCUUGCAGGAUGCGAUCGAUUGGCUGGAGAAGAACCAGGAGAAGUCCCUCGACGAAAUCAAAGUCGACACAGGGAGAGACGAGGAAGAAGCGGGGCCAUCAAUCGAAGUGAAGGCUGGUGAGGCACAAGCAAAGAGCCUCGUGUGCAACGACUGUGGGAAGAAGUUCCGGAAUGCGGGGGAGGCGGAGUUCCACGCACAGAAGAGCGAACACACCAACUUCUCCGAAUCCGUGGACGAAAUCGCCCCCUUGACCGCAGAAGAGAAAGCCGCCAAACUCGAAGCCCUCCGCCAAAAGCUCGCCGCCAAACGCGCCAUCCAAGUAGACGAAGACAAGCUCGCGCGGAAGAAGAACGAGGAAAUCCGCCGCAAAGCCACCAAAGAAUCCCACGACAUUAAAGAAGACCUCCAACGCAAAGAACAACUCAAGCAAGCCGCCGCUCGCCGCCGCGAGAAGCUCGAGGACGUCGAAGCCAAGAAACGCGCCCUGGCGAUGAUCGAAGCGGACAAGGAGGCGCGGAAGCGAAAGGCCGAGCAGGAACGCAUCGCCCGGCUGCCCGGCGGCGGCACCGAGGCCGCGUCCGCCUCGCAACCGGAAGCGGCGCCGGCGUCGGUGCCGGGCGUCAAGCGGGUGUACACGGAGGCGCGACUGAAGCUGCAGACAACAAAUGGGAGCGUGGUGAAGACGUUUGCGGCGGAGACGACGUUGGCGGAGGUGGCGGCGGCGGUGGCCGAGGAGGGGAUGGGGGAGGUGAGCGAGUUUGUGCAGAAUUAUCCGAAGAAGGUGUUUUCGGAUGUGGAUUUUGGGUUGACGGUGAAGGAGGCGGGGUUUGUGCCGAGCGCGAUGCUGAUAGUCCGAUAGCCGCGAGAUGGAAGGCCUGGUCGUUCCUGCGAGCAUCUGCGAUGGAGUGGGUCGGUUUGGGUUUGCGUGGGGACACUUUGAUAGGAGAGUAUGACAGCAAGAGCUUAAAAAUGGGGAGAGCUAGAGUCAUGAAUACAUCGGCACGGAUGAUCCAAAGUUCGAUAAUCAACGAUAUCACGCUUAAACGUUGUCAUGAACCAUAGAUUGGUCAAAUUUGAUCGCUGUUUCAGGGUCCAUGAAGAUUACUAUAAUACAUAGCGCCUUCCCUGUCGCCAAUCCACGUCUCGUUCAUCACACCGUCCCGCCCUUCUGACUCUCAGCCAAGAUCAGACAUUUAGUCAAAAGGGUUGGUCCGGGUGCCCC